AUGCCCCCCUUCCCGCAUUACAACCUGCACAACCCUUCCAUGUUGUCGUGUCUUCCCUCCCCUUCGCCACCGAAUCUUCCUCAAGCUGGAGCCACAAACUUCCAAACCACGAAAGAUGCCUCAUCGAAUGAAAUGAAGCAAAUGGAGGACUUUCUAGCUUCGGAAUUCAACCAACUGUCCGUGGAAGAGCAAACUAAAGCUCUGAAUGACAUAUACGGCGUUGGGGAAGAGCUGAAGGAGAGUCAUGACCUGACUCAAAGGUCGCUAGCGGAGUUUGAGAAACAACUUCAGCUGGGCAAGUUUCCCAUUUACGAGACGGCUGUGAGCCGAAACCGAGCUUACGUCGAAGACGCUACCUUCCGUUUGAAGUUUCUGAGAGCGAACAUGUACAAUGUCAAUAGAUCUGUGAACCAAAUGGUGAACUUUCUGGGACACAAAGCCACGUACUUUGGCGUGGACAAGAUUGCUCGUGAUAUCACCCUUGAGGAUUUGAAUCGAGAAGACAUGGACCUCAUGCUAUCUGGUUUCUAUCAUAUUCAAGACGGAACUGAUCAAAAUGGACGAGUGAUUGUCUACAUGUUCAAUCACAUGCUGGGGAAAUGUAAAGCAGAAACUUUGAUCCGAGUGAACUAUUAUAUUUGGUUCAACAUAUUGGCUCCUUUGCCUGCUGUCCAAAAGAAAGGGCUAGUAGCCGUUUAUUGGGACCUUACGAAACCAGAAGAGACGAUAGUCCUUCCCGAAUUACACUGGAUGCUUGCUGUCUUUGAUUACAUUCAAUGUGUUCCCGUUCGUUGCUCUGCAAGCCACAUCUGUGCAAAGACAGGAAGUGGAAGUGCCAUGCUGAACAACUUUGUUCUAGGAUUGGCCCUCAAAGCCAUGCCAGAAUAUGCUAGGGUUCGAUCCCGUCUUCACCGAGGGAGAGAUUUGGAGCUGAUAGCUCAGCUUCAAAGGCAUGGCUUUCCGAAUACCUUUCCUGUUGAUUCCCAUGGAAAUCUUCGAAGGGGCAUUCUGAAUGUAUGGUUUCAUUUGCACAUGGCGAAUGAAGCGUCCUGCGCUGAGACCUUCAACCGCUUUGUUGUACUGGAAGAGGGAGAAGAGGAAUCGACUUCCACCAUUACUAUGGACUCAUCAGACGAAGAGGAGGAGGAAGAUAUGGUUGUCAUGGACGCAGGCACGUAUACUGUCGGGCCUGCAUGGGGAUACAUUGGAAAUAUCCUCCUCUCAGGGUCCAGCCUCUCUGGAUCCAGCACGAGUCGCACAGACUCUGCUCGAAGCAGUGAAGACGGUUCAGCUGCUCAAGCGAAUCCACAACGGAUCUCCCCCGAUCACAGCGAAAAGGAUGUUCUGCUCGGACGUGGACGAGAUAUUCAAAACCACGUUGGAAACAUUCGCUUUCGAGAGUUUCUCACGGCGCAUCAGGACGAAUAUGAUGACGCCCCACGAAAUCAGAGGAGGCAAAUUGCAACGAAUUUGUACAAUCUCUUGAAGGCAGAUGGAAUCCGAUUCUGGCAGAAAUCUUCUGCUGGUGAAUGGGAAGAGAUUGGCGCGAUUGAAGGAGAGAAGAAAAUAGGCCAGCUCUUUCGAACGAGGCGUAAGAGAAAAUAA